CACCAGAUGUGUGAUGUUUUAUUUCAGCUUAGGUGUCUUAAGACAAAUAUUUGAAGAUCUUGAGCUGCCUCUGUCCAUUGCUUCCUCAAAAGGCAGGGCAAAGGCCUUCAGUGCAGCAAAAAACUGCUGUCUGGGAUUACUGGUCUUUGCUAUGUCCAUCAAGGGAUGGGCACCAAAGUUUUUCUUAACUUGGAUUCUUAGCAUUGCUCCUUAUUGCUGCUCUGUUGUCUGUUCUAGACCUGAGCUUAUACAGCAGCUUGUCAUUAUUAUUACAAUUUAGAUCUCUCUUCGUUUCCUGUCUCCAUGCAAACUUGUACUUAAGACCAUAUGCGUGACCAGACAUGGUCAGACUGAAGAUCCACCUAAUGCCAUGGCCCAUCUCCGGCAGUAACCAGGGCUGAGUGAAGAGUAUAAGAACAAGAUGAACAGAACUUUUGAAUCCUCUUGGUAAACAUGAAAACAAAGAACUACUUUUCAACUAUCUUACAGGACAGUUGAUAGGUUCCAGAGAAAAGCUAUUUUUUUUCUCUCAAAGAACAGAUGACUCUGCAUUCUCUAGGAUUUUAAAUAAGUGUAAAAUGAAACUAGUUUAAAAUUUAGCCUUCAGAAUGAAUGUUGAAAAGUUGGAUGGAAAAGCAAAGAAUAACUUGAAGUCUUUAAGGGAUGAAAAUGGAAAUAACUAUGCAUGUGACAGAGCUGCACCUUCUGAGAUACAUGGUAAUUCAGCUGACCAAAAUAUAGUGACUGAGAAUGAAGAUGAUACUGCUCUUGAAAAUAAGAGUAACUUUAGAAGUAUUCUUUUAAAACAGCAGUGUAUCAAAGCACUUCAUCUGCAGGAGACAUCUGAUGCACACAACUGCACAGGAGCUAUGUUGGGAGAUGAAGAUGCUGCGUGCCCAUCUUCUGUGACUGAACAGACUUGUGUGUGUUCUUUGAACUGUGACUUGAAAGAAACGGUGAACUUACUGAAAGAUGACAUAGCUAUGGCAAAAAUGCAAAAUCAGAGUAUCAAACAAUCAGUGCCUUGCAGUCAGACAGACUCAAAGUAUGUAUUGCCUCUUCCUGCUUCAGAGCAGAACAUGCAGUCCAUGAUAAAGGACAGGGUGUGCUGCCACCUGAGUACAUCAGAUGUUACUAAUGUUACAGGUGAAACUCCGGGAACUGAUCAAAAUGAGGACAUGGAUCUGAGGGAAGCACUGGUUUCUUCUGAAGUAUGUAUGAAAGAGAAAUUUUAUAGAAGCAGCUCAGAAAGAACACUUGAUUUCUCCUCUACAGUAGUGAUUUCAGAAAGCCCAUUUGCCUGUUUGGAGCUUGAAGUACAUCAUCCUGCUUCUGCAUGUGUUGAGCACUACCUAAAAAACACUGACAAGACUAAUAAAGAAUCACAGGAACUGGAAGCACAGUCCGUAAAACUAGUGCAAACCUUGCAGGAUACCCUUGACCGUGAUGGAACUGGGAAUUCCAAUGCUGAAACAUGCCAGGAUAGUCCUGUAAAUAAUGUGCACCUUCUCCCACUAGGUAAAAGGAGCGGAGAACAAGUAUCAAAGAAAAACAGCGAACCUUUAACCAAAGAACAAAGUGUCUCUGGAAAUGCUGCUCUUCAGUACAUGCAUGAUGCCUCUUUCAUAUCUUGCAGUGUACCAAAAUUUAAGAGGACUGUUUUGCCAGACCUGAAAUGUGAAGAAACUUUUUUGGUCUUCAGUCCUGUGGCUGGUGAAAGCGAUCCUGCUCUAAGUACCUCAACCCCUAAAGAAACAUCAAAAAAUACAACUUUUUCUGUUUCAGCUUUGGCAGAACUUGGAGAUAAGCCUCCUAAACUAAGAUCAAACAAGACGUUUGUCAGAGGGAAUGAUAAAAGGUCUUUGCUUAAAGCUAGUUCAGGUCAAACUUCAGGAAAACCAGUGAGCAGUUCUCCUAUCGUGUCAAUGAUGACCAGAGCAAAGAAAUCAGAGAUUGUUAGUUUUCCCAAACCUAAUUUCAAAAACUUGAAGCCAAAGGUUGUAUCUAGACCACAGUCAAGAGACAGUGCAACAUUAAAACAGUCUCUCCAGUCUGCCCCCCAACGAUCAGCUGUCUCCUCACCUUCACUGGUUUCUUCCCCAAGGCAAAUGUCCCCCUCUAUAAAAGUGUUGAAAAAGAAAGUAGAUCUAGCUAAAGAUACUAAAGUGGAUCUGCCUGCAGAUAAGCCCCACAAGCUACAUCUUAACAAACAGCUCUUCACUAGCCAAGUCGUACAUGCCACAACACGUCCUAGAAGCACUUCCCACAAGGCUUCAAAGACACCUGUGUUAAAGCAGAAUCCGGAAGACAUUGGCAAAGCAAGCUCUACUCAUUCGGCAUGCUCGUCUGUUUCUGCUGCACUUCCAACGUGUGCAGGGAAUUCAAAAGAGAUGCUGAAUGAUAAAAUGGAAUGUUCAAGCUCUUUACUGCAGCCCUGUACCCAAAACAUCUGCCCACCCAGAGGUGAAAAAGAACAAAGCAGCAACAUGGGAGUUCUUCUGGAAGCAGCCGUGUCAAAAGAUGUAGCAAAUGAAACAUUUGACCAGAACUCUGUUCCUUUGAUGCCUUCUUCUCUGAAAGAUGGGACAACACAAGGGAAAAACAUAUCGAAGAAAAGCCUGGUCACACUACAGAGUGUAUCAGCUCCCAAGAGUAAAGUGAUGCCAUCUGUGUUGCCCUUGAAGAAAGUAUGUGAAAAUAGAACUGUCUGCCCUAAUAAAGCAUCUCCUCACAAAGGAGCUGUUCUGUCACCAAGCUCCGGUAUAGGAUCAUUGCCAAGGGAGAAGCAUGCCUCAGUGAAAAAAUCUACAACCUCCUGGGCUAGCUCGGGUAAACUGCUCGCCAAAUCCAAAGUGCCUGUCAAAAGAUCAGUGCUUGAGAGAACGCCUAGCAUCUCAUCAGUCAGCAGCACGCAGAGUGAGCGAAGUCAUUUCAGCACUGCAGGUGCCACAGUCAUUGUCAAGAAUGGAGAAUGGCCUUCAAAACCAGCCUGCCAGAACAGUACUUCGGGAUCUGUCCCUUUGAAAGCAGUACCAAGACCUAGAUUACACUCAUUGAAGUCAAGUCCAAAAGGAGCCAGGGCAAGGUCUGCUUCGCUGAACCAGUGCACACCAAAAUCAUCUGGGCCAGUGCAAUCAGCAAGGAAAGUCAGUGAGGCCAGAGGUCAUCAGCUAUUGGGUGCUCCUGGAAGAAAUCGACACCAAAGCCUGUCUUUGGGUUCUGUUGACAAGGGCAAGCAGCGGGGUCCUCGGAACUCAUGCAUACAGACUCAAGCCUCCACAGAUGUGCGUUCGCCUGGCUCAAAAACAGCUGAGUUGACACAGUACAAAACAAAAUGCGAGACCCAAAGUGGAGUCAUCCUGCAGCUGAAAAAAUUCCUGACAAGCGGUAACCAGAAGUUUGAAGCAUUAACACUUGUGAUCCAGCACCUGCAAUCUAAGAGGGAAGAAGCAUUGAAACAGUGUAAAGAGUUAUCUCAAGAACUAGUUAACCUUCGAGGAGAGCUAGUAACCACUUCUGCAGCUUGUGAAAAAUUGGAAACAGACAGGAAUGAGCUGCAAGUUGCUUAUGAAAAGUUAAACCAGCAAUAUCAGAAUGAUUUUGCUGAACGGGAGGAGAGGCUUAAACAGUUUUACUCUGCAGAAUUUGAGAAACUCCAAGGUAUCUGCACUGAAGAAGUUGAAAAAUACAAAGCGCAACUCCAGGAACAGGUGGACAACUUGCAUAUUGCGCAUGAAAAGUUUAAGCUGGACCUUGAAAAUAGCUAUUCAGAAAAAGUAGAGGAGCUGAAAAAGGAGCAUGAAUCCUCGUUUUCAGAGCUCAAGAGCACCCAUGAAUCUGAAAAGAAGUCUCUUGAAGAUUCCUUUAAAGAGAAGCAGGAAUUUCUAGAGAAAAAAAUCGAUGAAUUAAAAUCUGAAAAUGACUCCCUGAGUGAGAAGUUGAAAUUAGAAGAGCAAAAACAAAUAGCCAAAGAGAAAGCCAAUCUUAAAAACCCGCAGAUUAUGUAUCUGGAACAGGAGCUGGAAAGUUUGAAAGCAGUGCUGGAGAUCAAGAAUGAGAAGCUCCAUCAGCAGGAUAUAAAGCUCAUGAAGAUGGAAAAACUGCUGGAGAACAACACAAUCUUAAUGGAUAAGUUAAAGAAGGUUCAGCAAGAAAAUGAAGAAUUAAAAGCUCGGAUGGACAAACACAUGGAGCUUUCAAGGCAACUUUCUACGGAGCAAGCCGUUUUACAGGAGUCGCUAGAGAAAGAAUCAAAAGUAAACAAACGCCUGUCAAUGGAAAAUGAAGAACUUCUGUGGAAGUUGCACAAUGGUGACCUAUGCAUCCCAAGAAAACUGUCUCCCAGUUCUCCAUCCGUGCCUCUUCAGUCCCCACGGAAUUCUGGUAACUUCUCUAGUCCUUCAGGAUCACCAAGAUGACAUCUCUUGAGAGAAAGCGGAUUGCAUUUCACUUGCGAUCUGUAAAACUGAUCCUGACUUUAAUCACAGGAGCAAGAGCUAUAUUAGCUGACUAUGACAACUAAACAUAACUGGAAACCAUUUGGUGCAAAAAUGGCGAUAAGAGACUGAGAAUAUGGGAGGAAGACACUUAUAUUGCUCCUCCUGAAAAAACUUAUGACCUCUACAGACAUUGUUGCACAAAGCACUUAGAGAGCAAGGAAAGACUUGUUCAUUGCCUUUUCACCUAAGUAUAAGAAAAAGCUCAGGGGCUUAGAAUAAAGAUCACAACCUUUAUAAAAUGUUCCUUAUCACAGACACUUUUUUUAAGGCUGUGUGUAUGUGUGCGUGUGCUGUGGAUGGAAUGGAUGUAACACACUGUGCGUGUGUCUAAAUGCUGCCUUCUUUGCUAUAUAUGUAAUAAAGGAUAAAAGCUGAAGACUAUACAUUGACAUGUACUUUCUUAAUGAUGUUGUCAGUAUGCAUGCUUUUUAGCAAAGAGUACCCUCACCUGGGAAUGAGGAGAAACUGCCACUAGUACUACGUAGGCUGGUUUCCUUCAUUGUUCUGGCUUCAAUUCAGUAAAAAAAGUCAUAAAAAGCUUUGUCAACUGACAUGUUAGUGUCUUGGCUGACCCGAGUAUGCAACUUUGAAUUAAUUUUAAAAACAUACUGAAUUACAGCCAUAUUUUGCAUGGAUUCUUGGUUUAGUAUCCAUGCAUAACUCUGUCCUUUAUGAGGAGACACUUUUUUCAAGGUACAGUGCAUUUUGGCUUUCGAGUCAACAGAUCAUAGUCAGAGCCAUGGUAGCCCUGAAGGUUAGAAGUUAUUAGUAGAGUUGCAGAUUUAUAAACCUAGGCCUGUCAUCUUACCUGGUGAAACGGAAUUGCUUAUUUUCCCAAAGCAGCAUGUCCGCUGUCAGUUGAGGAUAAACAAGAUGUAGAUUUGAAAGCCAAAGAGAAAAACUGCAAUAAAUUGUCAUUAGGUGCAUUCUUAACUCAGUUCUCAAGAAGAAUCUUAAGCAAUUUGUGAAUUCCAAUGUAUCUGGUGACACACUUUGCCUUUUUAACAUUCUUCAAUGUUGGCUAAGUUCACCUAAGGAAAAGGAGGAAGGUGGUUGCUGUAUAUUUAUCUUAUUCAUUCUGUCAUACCUUCCCCCUUAGACGGUGAAUGUUUUGCUAGUUCAUUUGGCAAAAGAUCCUGGGCAAGAGAUUCUACAGAGCAGGGGAAAAAUGUUGUCCUGGCUGCUGGAACUGGAGGCUGAGGGUGUCAUAUGCUGAGCUUCAACAAGGUAAUCACAUAGCCUUGCUACACCCUUGGUCAGAGCUGUUUAAAAUCUCUAUUUUACCCACUAAACACACAUUAGUUGACUUCACAGUAGUAUUGCAAAACAUCAUCUGUGAGUUUUACAGUACCACUUCCAGGACUGCUGUUAUAUGGCUCUCUUGCCAAUGCUGUUAGCUGGCUAUAUGGUUAACUGUUACAGUAAAUCAGGUAUACUGAGUUUCCUGGUGUUUCCAGUAGCUUAGGACAGGAAUCAAGAGGAGGGAAAGUGUUUGGAGAACUCAGCUGGAAAACUACUUUGAAGUAUUUUACCCAAGACUUGAAAAAUCUUGGCUUAUAAUGAGGAACACAAACAUAUAAACAAGACUUUUAACAGUGCUUAUACAGUAAAUAAACUUGUAAUAUGCUUACACUUGUCACUGAGUUUUGCAUAAUUAAAUUUACCUAAUUUCCCAUAGCAUACAAGCUAAGGGUGCCAAUAUGGCACAUUAUGCUCUCCUUUAGGGCACUGUGCAUACCACUUGUUAGUGGUGUCAGUACUUCAAACUUUUUUUAGGGGUUUCAAAUUUAACUAUGAGAAUCCUUUGUGGGUUAAAGCUUGGCCUAAAGUGUGUCUUGUAACAUUCUUAUUUUCUAUGGUCAAAGAGAUUUGAUCACAUGUAUUUGAGAUGAAUACUUAAAAAUAAAUCUUUUGUACUGACUGGAGGGUUUCUUCUCCUGCUUGUGUCAGUCAAGUGAUCUUUAAGGAAGAACACUCCUUCAGGACUCCUUACAGUGCCUGCUCAGCACAGCAGAACAGCAAUAGUGAAGCUUCACUGCACCAAUUAUUAAUGUUCACCUAACUCUUAGAAAAUUUUAACUAUCCUUGUUACUUUCACAUAGGCAGAAAUUACAUAGAGCUUGCUUGUGAUUAUUAGCAAUUAAGUUUUAGAUGGCUGUUGGGAAAAAAAAUGAGAAUGUAGAUAACAUUGCAGAAUUAAGCAAUAAUAAAAUACUUGAGUACAGUUGGCUUAACAUAAAGACCCAAUGUGCAGAUGCCCAGUAAAGGCAUCCUACAGGACUCAUUAUAAUGCUCACCUUCUUCAGGAAUUUUUCUGUCUAAGAAAAGCUACACUUUAGCAACUUAACAGGUCAGGUCACAGGAACAGUUGUCUAGCCACUGCUAAGAACUUAAUUAUCUUAUUUGCAACAUCAGUGCCUCAAAUAGAACCUGCAAGAAGAGUGCAUACAAAUGUUUGAAGAUCAAAUAUAUAUAUAUUACAUGUCUUUGUGUCAGAGAAGGGGGAAAGCUCUUCCAAGCUACCACUACAGAAAAGUAAAGUAUGGCGUAGUAAAUAGUACAGAGACUGUUAAUUUGUUUAUCGAUUACCUCCACAAUACAGGAGACUCCUCACCUCUAAAAGUCUUGCAUGGAGAAUCUUUAAUGCUCUUAUGAAGAAAAGAAGAAUCUUUGUAUACAUAAACCAGAUUAGAGAAAUACCCAUUUAGCAUUUGUCCCACUAGUUGAAAGAAUUAAAUAAUUCUGUUCAUCUGUAAACACUGUUUCAAUGUUUUUCUCCAUUUAACUGACUAUUAAUAUUUAAAGCUUUAACUUAAAUACCAUGUGUUAGCAAGGGCUUUUUUUAAUCCAGUAACUCUUAUGUAUUUUUUUGGUAAUUUCUUUAGCAUAAAGCUUGUCUCAGGAAAAGCUAGAAACUUGUUCCCCACAAGUAUAUUCCAGGGGUCUACUGCUAGUCAUGCAAAGAAAAUCACUUGGUUUUCAUCACUCAGCCCUAACUACCAGCUCCAACUCUAAUGCUAAGUUGCAAAGGAAGUCAUAGUGACAUUUACAUCAGCACCAAAUAGUGUGUUGUCAUUCAAACUAUUUGUAACAUCGUUCAUCUCAUUUCAGUAUUUUUUCUCUAAAGGUCAUUGUAUGAGUUUUGCACUGUUUUUUGCUGCAAAGGUUGAGGUGAAUAAUUUCUUUCAAGUUUCUCAUGGCAAACACAAAAUACAUUUGCAUGUAAACUGAUACAGAAUCAUAGUAUCAUGCAAUUCAUGCAGGAAAUUCCUUCUAGACAGCAAGUAACCAGUGAUCUUUAGUUGCGUGACAACCAGGAAAUCAUUUAGAGCUGAGCUGGAGUUAAAAGGGCCAUCAGGAACUUGGAAUAAUCAUUGAACCCUGAAGAAACAAAUAUCUUCUGUCCAUUGCUGCUGCCUUGCCUUAGCAGAGUGGUGACUUAGGUAUGGAAAUAGAAACAACAAUACUGGCAAGUUUAGGCUUUGACAAGUCACUUAAAUUUCAUUUCUGGGCUUCAUUCCUGUACCCUGUGGCACUGUUUGUUUAUGUCAAAACAUGUAAUUGCAUCAAUGUAAAAGAAUCAGGCCUGCCUGGGAGGCUUUUGGUAAAGUAACAACUAUGUAAAAUAUAUACUGUAAAAUAAUUCUCAUAGUUUACAAUGAUGAGAACUAUUUUGAUGGGGGUGGGCGAAGGAACCAACCACCAAAAAAUUCUUCGCUAUAGGCACUGCAUCUGUACUUCUAAUCAGUCUUGCGAACUGCACGUGAUCUGUACGCGUAACCAUUAAACCUGAGGGAGACUACUUAAGCCAUGAUGCAACAAGGGAUUUAUAUCGUCUUUUCCUCUCCUGCCAAACUGUCACCAAGGAUGUGAAGCUACUUUAUUUCCAGAGGCCAACAAUAUUCCAGGCACCUGGGAAGCACUCUCCACGCGGCCCAUUUCAUGAAAUAUGCAUAGAGCCCUUUCAUUCUUUAUGGAUAUUUAUCAUAUCAGUUACAUUGGUUUACGUUCCUGCCUGCUGAAGACAAGACUUUCAGGAAGCUUGCUUACUGCUUUCAUUAGCUACACUAACAAUCAGGUUGAUGAUGUUUUUGAGAAGCUGCCAUUUUUACAUUAGUACUUACUAGACGGGACUAGUGAUACCUACUGUGCAAACCUGCUCCAAUGUUUGAAUUGUCUGGAGCAAAGGGCUUACUUCAAGCCUUCACUAGAAGAAAGCUUUAAGAAUUCCAGUCAUAUGCAGGCUGAGACACAGUGUAUGGAAGUGUGUGGAGCCAAGGGACUGGUUCCUGGUUUGACUCCUUGUAUGCUCAGAAUAAGCUGCCCUUCAACAUGCCUUGUAAAUAAAAUGGCUUGCUUUAAGACUUUUUGUUUGGUCACACAAUUACACUACUGAGUACAUUUCUAUUAAGAUUUCCGAGUUCUAGCUUACAUUCAUUCCAUGCUUGAGCCUAGGAAGAAAAAAUGUUGCCAAAAUGUCCAACUGCAUUGUUAUCAAGGUUUUAUCUUUUCUCUGGAAAGCCUCUUUCCUUGUGUUGGUAACUAAACCCAGGGUGAGAGAAGGGUGCUUAUUUAUCCAGGUAUAGUUCUGUGUAAAGGAAACACUUUCCUUUUCUCCCAAGUCAAUUAAUGUGAUCAAGUUGCAAUUGUUAUUAACUCGAGAAGAGAUUCUGCUCACUAACUGAACAUUAUUCUAAUGUUACAUUUGGGUUUUUUCUUUUAUAAACGAUACUAUAUUAAUAAAUGCAAGUUUUACCUUUAGCAAAUGUAAUUCAGUACAUAAUUUAGUAAACAUAACACCAUGCAUCUACUGAGGAGUGAACUCUAUCAAGUUUGUGAGAAUGCAACAAUGAGGAAAAUCCAGCACAUCCAAGUCUCUAGAGAAAUCCUCUAACAUUUCAGUAUAUAUUUAGUAUUAA